AUGGCUGAUCGAGCAACCACCCUCGCGCGCGGAAAUGGAAAGCAGAAGUCGUGCGAAGCCUGUCAGAAGACGAAGGUCAAAUGCGAUUAUAAGACGCCGUCCUGUGGUCGGUGUUCUCGAAGGGGAACUAUGUGCUUGUACAGCCGUACACCUGGGACAAACAAAUUUCGGAUCACAAAAGGGGAUGCCAGUGCCCCAUAUACUGUCUCGUGGGCUCCUACCCGCUCCAAUGGUUUGUAUUGUGAUUGCGUAGUCACUAAUCCGCGCAGAAGGCCAUGCGCAGAUCCGCCAUUUGCCCCACCCCGAGAAGACAUACCGGCACAGGGCAUCACAAUCCACACAGUGGCCUCAGCAGACACGGGCUUCCUGGGGCCGACCAGCUAUCGGGCUGAGGUGCAACACGCCGCACAUUCGCGCAUCAUUGUAAAUACUGCUCAAAGUAUGGGACAUGAGGGAGCGGCGGACGCUCAAGGAACCCUGACGGUCGAACUGGAGCGCCUGGAGCAGGGUCUAAGGAUCAUUGACUAUCUAAAUGCGCACGCCACCUUGAUCCGCAAACUGGUCGACCGGAUGUAUACGCUGGGCCGACUUGUGAUCAUCCCGAAAGUCAUCAUGCGAGGUGUACUAGAUAGCCUAUGGGAGGCACUCAGCGAGGAUCCCGUCCAGAGCGAUCCUUUGAAUUCGAGAUGUGCGGUUCACAUCUUUGAAAACUCAUACAAGCCCAUGCCCUCGGGCAAGCCCAUUGGGGUGGAGCAGUUUUGCUCCUUGAUUACUGGGGUCAAUGUCCGGUGGGAGACUAUUGGGAACGUCCUAGUGAUGGCCUGCUUGUGCUUGUGUCAUAUUCCCGAAUCGGAGGCGACACUGUUGGAUCCGUCAGCUAGCUCCACGCCGGCGCAGAUUCUAUCUCGACUCCGAGAAGUGACGAAUCGGGCGAUAUUUCUCUGCAGUGGACUCCCACUGUGCAAUGAGCUGGUGGUCUGUCUGAAAUAUAACCACAUGUUGCUUAUGUCUCAGCUCUGGGGCAAUACCGAUCAGCGAAUUUAUUAUGCUCUUGGGGAGCUGACGUCUGCUGUAUAUGCCACGGGCAUGCACCAGCACAGGGGGUCUGGUGACAAAUAUCCCAAAUUUCUCAGUGCAUGGCGCCAGAGAUGUUUCGCCAUUGUUUAUUCGAUGGACAAAAUCUUUGCCACCUUCUUCGGGAGACCACCAUUCCUCAAUCGCCACUACUGCAAUAUAGAGCCAGUCGUUGAGCUACGCGGCGUGAUAGAAGAUCCAAGCCACCCAACACUGGAGAGGCUCGACGAGGUCUAUUGUAAUGAAAAGAGCGGGAAUGAUCAACCGGAGCCGCCAGGCUACCUCCGUGUUCGUUACCUCCUGUCCAUUGUUCGUGAGGAGAUUCUCGAGCUUCACCUCGGAACAGCGACUCACGACGUUUCUGUAAAAUCAGAACAGUUAAUCCGCAAGCUCCAGUCCCUCUGGGAGUCCUGCUCUCCUCGAUUACAAUAUUCCCCGCAGCUAUGGACAAGACCCAUGCCACGUCAAACCAUCUGGUUCAUCUUUGCUCUCCACUUGGAACAUCGCUACUCGUUGUUCUUAAUUCAACGGCUCCGGGCCCAAAAGUGUCCCUCCGAGUCCCCCGCUCCGUUGCUGUCUGUAGCCAAAGAUAUCCUGUCAACCAUUCUGGUACUUAACAAAGAGCGCGAGCGCCUACGAGAGAUCCGUAGUGACUUGGGCAGUGUGCUUCUUCCCUUUGGACUCCCCACCGCAGAAGUACUAUUGCAAGAUCUGCUUCAUACUCCCGUGGAAUAUCCGAGCAUACCGUGUGGACGACCUUCCCGGUCGGAUACCAUCCGCGACCUCAUUCUGUUCGUCUCGUGUCUCGAAUGGGCUGUUAAGCCGGAGUCGGGUCAUUUCGAAUUCGCGCAAACCAUCCAAGAGAGGUUCACCCGGCUGCUCGAUGCGAUCCUUGACCCACAGCGUAGCAGACCAGUCCAGGUACCUGGUAGCGCUGCAGGUGCGGAAUGGCCUCCUGAAGACAGCGGAUACCUUAACCCAGAGCUCGAUGUCAACCACUUCGUCGAUUGGGACCUUACUAGUACCCAAGCUGUCGGUUUUGAUUUGUUGAGCGGGUCGAUAAUCUGAGGGUCGCAAAUGUUAAUUGUGGACCAAAACAGGUACGCAGUGCUUCCCAACAUAUAAAUCGCAUCAACUUGACAAGAGCACUGGGAGAUGGAUGAUGGAUAAAUUCAGAGUACGUGAG